CCCGGGGUUCAAGGCUCUUCCUUAGAGUGUACACUAGGAGAGUCCAAACCCGGUUUGAAUAAAAACCUCACCUCGUGCCUUUUACAUCGGAGUGAUCGGAGUGUGUCUCGGAUUCGUCUGUUUGGGCUGUUUGGGAGAAUUUUCGGACCUAACAGGAACUUAUGCGGUAAGCAGCCAGGAAUGGGGCUUGUGCUAUAAACAACAAAAUGGAGCUAGUUUGGCUCUCACAGUAGCCACUUGUUCCGGACACUGGUAGCUUCACGGGACGUGAAGAAUACAGCUGGGUUUGGAGGGAGACGGGGCUGGGCUAAGAGGGCUCACCUUUCUCCGCGGCCCCAUAGGGAUGCUCCCCCCUCAUCCUAGAGAAUCAGCGAAUGACAGAGCGAGCCCAUAGAUGACGCGCUACCGGUCGCCCCACGGCCUUUCCGGCUCUAAAGUUUACGGCUUCUGCGCACCUUUGGGGCUGUAGCUGCCUUCCGCGCUCCGGCCACCAAGUCUCAAGGGUCUUGUUUUCCAAACCUGAAGUGUUUUUCAUUCAAAGCAAAGAGAGAUUCCUGGAUGUUGAAUAUGCAAGGAGGUGAAGAGAGAGAGACUGGAAGAGAGACUUGUCCAGAAUGGACGAACAAGUCUGCUUUAGAACAGCAUGUCUAUGAAAUUGAUUCACCAGGAAUAGUAGCAAAGAGAUUCCAAGAGGGUGAAUUCCAGGAUUCUAUUCUUGAAAAGAAAUAUGCAUGUGAGGGCAUGAAGGAAAACUCUUCUGGAGAAAUUCCUGGGCCUUACAUUUUCCAAGAAGGAGGUUUUGGGGAAGUAACUUUUAUCCACAAAAAAGAACCCCCUGAAAUGAUUAGUCAAGAAUUUAGUUUUGAGAAAAGCUUGCUUUUGACCUCAAAUUUUGUUACACAUCACAGAGUUUCUACAGAAGAGAGUCUGCAUCAGUGGGAAAUAAGUAACAUACACACCAGUGAGAUUUCAGGCCAAAGCAAAUGCUCAACUCUCUCCACACAGAAAAAGUCUUGGAAAUGUAAUGAAUGUGGAAAAAUCUUCACUCAGAGCUCAUCCUUUACCCAACAUCAGAGAACUCACACUGGAGAGAGACCCUAUGCAUGUGAAGAAUGUGGGAAAGCCUUUAGUCGAAGCUCAUUCCUUGUUCAACAUCAAAGAAUUCAUACUGGACUGAAACCAUAUGGAUGUGAGCAGUGUGGGAAAACAUUUAGAUGUCGAUCAUUUCUUACUCGGCAUCAGAGAAUCCACACUGGAGAGAAACCUUACAGAUGUAAUGAAUGUGGGAAUUCCUUCCGUAAUCACUCACAUCUCACUGAACAUCAGAGAAUUCACACUGGAGAGAAACCUUAUAAAUGUAACAGAUGUGAGAAGGCAUUCAAUCAGAACACACACCUUAUUCAUCACCAGAGAAUUCACACUGGUGAGAAGCCUUAUUUAUGCAAUGAAUGUGGCACUUCUUUUCGCAAACACUCAAAUCUUACAGAACAUCAGAGAAUUCACACUGGGGAAAAACCCCAUAAAUGUGAUGAAUGUGGGAAAACCUUCCGAACAAAGGCAAACCUUUCUCAGCAUCAGAGAAUUCAUACUGGAGAGAAACCCUAUAAAUGUAAGGAAUGUGGCAAAGCCUUUUGUCAGAGCCCAUCUCUUAUAAAACAUCAGCGAAUCCAUACUGGAGAAAAACCCUAUAAGUGUAAGGAGUGUGGCAAAGCUUUUACUCAAAGUGCUCCACUCACUAAGCACCAGAGAAUCCAUACAGGGGAGAGACCCUACAAAUGCAGUGAAUGUGGAAAAUCCUUCAUUCAGAGUAUUUGCCUUAUUCGGCAUCAGAGAAGUCACACUGGAGAAAAACCCUAUAAAUGCAAUCAAUGUGGAAAGGGUUUUAAUCAGAAUGCCUUCCUCACUCAGCAUAUGAGAAUUCAUACUGGAGAGAAGCCUUAUAAAUGUAAAGAAUGUGGGAAAGCCUUUGCUCAUAGUUCAUCUCUUACUGAACAUCAUGGAACUCACACUGGUGAGAAACUUUAUAAAUGUAGUGAAUGUGAGAAAACCUUUCGGAAGUAUGCCCACCUUAGUGAACAUUACAGAAUUCAUACUGAAUGUGAGAAAACCUUUCGGAAGUAUGCCCACCUUAGUGAACAUUACAGAAUUCAUACUGGUGAGAAGCCUUAUGAAUGCAUUGAAUGUGGAAAGUUCUUCAGGCAUAGUUCUGUCCUUUUCAGACAUCAGAAACUUCACAGUGGUGAAUAA